AUGUGUGAGGACGGCAAGUCAGAAGGCACGGCAGAUGCCGGCGUGGCCUCGUCUCGCGUCCAGCCUCCCAGUACUGGCAGGCAUAGCGGACGGAACAGCUCGAGAUUGCCUUCGCCGGAUUCCGUCCUAUUCGACCCAGAUUUUGCGCCUGGCCGCCGUGUUACUCGCAACUUUCUCGCAGAAAGUCUGAUGGACAUGCACAUUCCACCCCGAACAACGCCAUCUCCCCUUCUUGGUAGGAAACGCAGCAUCGACGAGGUGGUUGAUGACAGCACGCCGCCAUCGCCCGACAAGCUUCUGAGGGAACUGGAUCAGCAGCACCAAGAAGCGAAGGAGGCCCGCCGUACCCCCGUCCUCCCUCAAGAUACCCAACACCCAGUACAGGUUCAGGCCACCAAGAGACAGAAGAUGCUGGCCAUCCGAGGCAGUAACCCUAAUUGCGAAAUGGCCUCGACAUCCGCGGCUCACCAGAGCAGUAGCGCUGACAACGGAGAGUCGAGCAGUCGGCACUCCAGCGCAAGUCCAGUUCAUCAUAAGAGUUGA